AUGAUGCUAGAUUUAUCGAAUCAAGCACAAUCUAUCUUAACAUCUUUUGAUAAGCAAUCCGAGAAAACUAAAAGUGAGUAUCGGGUUCGCUUGAAUGCCUCAAUUGAUGUUGCAAGGUAUCUUUUGGAAGAAGGAAUGUCUUUCCCGGAUCAUGAUGAGCGUGAAACUUCUACAAGGAGAGAAAUACAAAAAGACAUUGUGAGUUCUUGUGCGAAAGAAACAUUGAAAGCAAUUGUUGAAGCCUUGAACGGGGAUUACUUUAGGAUAUUGGUUGAUGAGUCUAACGAUGUCUUUCAUAAGGAACAAAUGAUAUUUGUUUUGCAUUAUGUCAACAAAGAGGGUAAAGUUAUUGAGCGAUAUCUUAGCAUUGUUCAUGUUAAAGGUAGGGAGAUGAUUCGAGAUGAUCAAGCAGAAAAAUUAGAGGAACUACUAGCGUUUGGUGAAGUUCAUACAGGAAGCGAUUUAAAUCAUGAACUUGGACUUCAAAGGGAAGGUGAUACUCGAUGGGGUUCUCAUUUUAGGACAGUGCAUAAUUUUAUUAGUUUAUUCUCAUCAAUUGUUCAUGUACUUGGAGUUCUUGCAAUUGAGGGUUCAAAUUAUCAUGAGAGAUCAAUGGCAAAAAGUUUAGUGGAUGACAUAAGAUAUUAUGACUUUGUGUAUAUGUUACAUUUAAUGUUGAAAGUAUUGGCACUUACAUAUAAUUUGAAUAUGGCUUUGUAA